ACUUCUUCCGCCAUUCCCCUCUCCUCCUCUUCUUCUUCUCCACCGAAUAAACCCCCGCAAAAAGGUGGUGAGUUCGAGAGAGAGAGAGAGAGAGAGUGGAAGGCUAGGGUUAGGGUUAGGGUUUCCUCCUCGCCGCCGUCGCGUGGCGCGAUGGCCGCCCCGCCGCCUUCCUCCCCGUCGCCGCCGCCGGCGGCGGCGGCUGCGGCGACGCAGCAGACGCAGCCGCACCCGCAGACGCCGUUCUACGAGCUCGUCAAGGGAAACUCCGGCAUCGAGAAGGUCCUUCUCCGCGGCACGCGCGGCUUCUCCGCUGAGGUCUAUCUUUAUGGAGCUCAAGUAACCUCAUGGAAGAAUGACCAUGCGGAGGAGUUGCUUUUUGUCAGCAGUAAGGCUAUUUUCAAACCUCCAAAAGCCAUUCGUGGUGGGAUACCCAUUUGCUUCCCCCAAUUUGGAACACAUGGAAAUCUUGAACAACAUGGAUUUGCAAGGAACCGAUUAUGGACUAUUGAUGAUAAUCCACCACCUUUACCAGUAAACCCUGCUAUUAAAUCUUUUGUUGAUCUGAUUCUGAGGCCUUCUGACGAGGAUUUAAAGAUCUGGCCUCACAGUUUUGAGUUCCGCUUGAGAGUUGCUCUUGGUCCUAAUGGGGAUUUGAGUCUCACUUCUCGAAUUAGGAAUACCAACACUGAUGGAAGAUCUUUCUCUUACACAUUUGCAUAUCACACAUACUUCUCUGUCUCUGACAUCAGUGAAGUGCGUGUUGAAGGGCUGGAAACAAUGGACUACCUUGACAAUUUGAAGGGAAAGGAGCGUUUUACAGAGCAAGGGGAUGCUAUUGUAUUUGAAUCAGAGAUUGAUAAGGUAUACCUUGCUGCACCUUCAAAAAUUGCAAUUAUUGAUCAUGAAAAGAAAAGGACAUUUGUCUUGACAAAAGAAGGACUUCCAGAUGCUGUUGUUUGGAACCCUUGGGACAAGAAGGCAAAAGCUAUGCAAGAUUUUGGAGAUGGAGAAUACAAACACAUGCUUUGUGUGGAGCCUGCAGCUGUUGAGAAGCCUAUUACUCUGAAGCCAGGUGAAGAGUGGAAAGGAAGACUUGCACUCUCAGCUGUUCCUUCCAGUUACUGUAGUGGGCAGUUAGAUCCAUUGAAGGUCCUUCAAGGUUGAGAAUUCUCAUUUCUGCGUCUUGUACAGGAGCACCUCAUUGCCCUUAAUAUUUGAUGCUGGGCUGGCGCGCGACCUUUUCUUUCUUUGCCAUUUUAAAUCCCCCGUGCUUCGUUCUUUUUUUGUACCUAGAAGUGAGUAGUAGGGUACCUCCGAAAUAACAGACUGUGCCACCUGCUUCGACCCUAGAGCGGAUCAUCUCCUUGGUGAAUGAAUUCGACCAGUGGACACAAGCCAUUCGUGCCCUGGUGAUAUGAUUCAUCGUCCAUAUUCCAGGAAAUAUUCGCCAUGCUGCAUAAGGUCCGUAGCAUUCUCAGUUAAUCUGUAGUUAUGAUCAUUGGGAGCAUUUGAGUUACACUGGCUUGCUACUGUGCUUCAAAGCCUAGUUCUUUGCCUCCUUGUGCAAACGCCUCUAAAGAAUGAUGUCAGGUGCAGCUAGUAGUAAUAUGUUGUCAAUACAUGAGAAUUGAGUAUCGACUGUUUUGAGUCGCCUUGGGUAAGGCCCAGUUUGGAUCAAAGCAUAUUUUGCAUGAGUUCAUGAGAUUGUUGCGUUCCAAACGGGUUCGUCCAACUGGCUGGAGGAGGAAGCAUGUGCCAUCUGUCAUUUGAAAGUUAUUCUCAAUGGAACCAAGGUUUUUUUAGUGGAAAAAAUGAAUUCAUA